UUUCUUUGGCUGUCGUGGCCUUCUCAGUGAAACGUCAUCAAUAGGCUCUCUCUUGUAGUGGUGUGGAUCGGCUGGUGCUCAGUUUCAGAGGCAGUCAACUACGUUCAUUCUUUCACCCGCAGUCCCUUGAAAAAAAUAGUAUUAAACAAAAUGCCUGGACCCGCAGCUAGUGCAACAAAUGUUGGUGCCUCCAGCCGGUCCCCUAGUAAAACAGUGGCCCCUCGCACCGCUGGCACCUCAGCCAGACAGAGGAAAGCCCCUAGCAGUGGUGCACGCAGCGGAGGCAGAUCCACAGCAUCAGCUGGCACAGGAGGGAUAUGGCGCUUUUAUACUGAGGACUCACCAGGACUUAAAGUUGGCCCGGUUCCAGUUUUGGUGAUGAGUCUGCUCUUUAUCGCAUCUGUAUUCAUGCUGCACAUCUGGGGCAAAUACACCCGCUCCUAAACCUCAUGACCUCUGGACUCCGACCCUAAAACCUGUCACCGAAUCUUAAGCCAUUGGACUUGGACCAAACUCUGACCAUCAACACCCCAAUCCCUUUUUAUUUUACUAAAACCUCCAUUUCAAGGGGUUUUCACCCCCAUACAAGUUACCCAGCCACUACAACCAUUUGGUCAUUUUAAAAACCAUGAGCUUUUGCUUUUUUUUGCUUUUUUUUUGUUUUUUUUUUUUGGGCUCACCGGAUCAGGACAUCUUUUGUUUUUGUUAAACCUUUGUACAAACUAAUAUGUAAAACUGUACAAUAAAAUGCUGUAAAACAUCA